UAUAAUAGCUCAAAUGGAUGGUAAAUCAAAAGAUUCCAGAAGCACUUCGCGUGCUGCCAGGCCGAGUAGGUUAUCAAAACGUAAACGUGCUCCAAGUAGCAAGGCAGAAGUUUCUUCAGAUUCUGAGUAUCGUUCAGUCCCUUCUUUCUUAUUGAAAACUUACGAAAUCGUCGAAAGCAAGAGAUUUGAUGAUACCGUGUCAUGGAGUAAGGCAGGAGACGCUUUUGUUAUUUUCAAAACCAAUGAUUUCUGUGAAAGGAUCUUACCAAUGUACUUUAAGCACAAAAAUCUUUCUUCCUUUGUCAGACAGUUGAAUAUGUACGGAUUUCAUAAGACCAAAUAUAAGAAUAAUGAACAGUGCUUUACUCAUCAUCUAUUCCAAAAAGCAGAUAAAUCUUUACUCAGGAUGAUGAAAAGGAAGUCAAGGGAUGCAGUCUCCAGAACCAAGCAAGAAGAGCCACAAAUGGUUGAAACUGAUCCUACAGGAAUUGAUCUGAAUGGGAAAAUAACUGAGCUAGAGAAGACAAUAAAACUACAACAAGAACAAAUUGCACAGCUCUUUGAUGCUAAUAGAACAAUCAAAGACAAUCUUGAGGAAAACCAAAGAGGUACCAAAAGAAUCUGGGAUAGCAUGUUCGCUCUAUACAGCGAGAUAGAGAAAGGCAAGAAAGAAGAAGAUAAUGCAAGCCCUGGCCCAGACUAUAAAGGAGUAGGCUACUUUGGCGAAAAUGCUCAAGGUAUGAACGAUAAAAACAACUACAACAUCAUGGGGAUGCUCAAUGAUACUAGCGGCAAGCUAACUGACCUUGGUCCGAACAAAUCGAUCAACAAUGUUUAUUAUAUCAACUGUAAUAAUUUUAAGAGGGAAAAGAAAUCUAACCAGCGAGCUCUUUACUCAGAGAAUAACAUGAUGGCAAUAAAAGAAGAGCUUAAGGAGCACUCUAUCAAGAGAAAAGGUGUGAAAGGGAUGAGAUCCCCUUCACCUAGUAUCCCUGAUCUUGACUCGAGAAGCCUGGAUCUUAACCAUAGGCCUCCAUCUCCCUCAUUCUUAGGGAAUAGAGAUCUAUCAAGCGAUGCUAUGAGUGACUUUUCAGCUCCAAAUCCUAUUGAUUUGAGUUAUGGAGCUCAACUAAUGAUAAAAGGCGGAAUUCCUUCGAUACCAAGCUGAGACCUGGACCAGAUCCAAAGUAAUCCUGAGACUAGUGCAUUUCAAGCGAUGCCUAGUGGAACAAUGAAAAAUUUAAUCCCAGACGAUGGGAGUGCAAUAAAGAAUACCAAGGCAAGGAUCCUAUCACCAAACAACUUAGCUUGAGACAUCUCUAAAGACUUAGAAUCAGUCAGUGAUUUCUCUUCAAAGUAAUAACUUCUUCCUGAUUUUGA